AGCGCGGCGAGGUCACUCCCUACCGCAUGGACGACCCCUUUCUGCUGCGGUUCCUCCGCGCGCGCUCCUUCAACGUGGACCGCGCCCACCGCCUGGUGUUCUUCCACGGCAGCGACAUGUCCUCGCUGCACGAGCACAUCCACCCCAAGCACCUGCCCACCCGCUACGGAGGCACGCGCCACGAGGUGCCCUACACCGAGUGGCUGGACGCCAUGCGCACCAGGAACGUGUUUCGGAGAGAGCUCAAAGGACUGGGAUACAAAAUCGAUGAGGAUCCUUCCCUGGACUACGUCUGAGGCCGGAAAACACUUAAUUAUUUUGGAUCGAGGAAUGUCCUUUCCCGUUCACUUAUUUGUUAUCGCGCCAAAAUUAAUAUUAGCCAAUUGAUCAAAUUAAUCCAAUAAGCCAUGUUAUAACUAUUAUCGUACACGCGAGGGAUCAUCCAGAAAGUACGUCCGUUUUUCUCAUAUUCAUAUGCGAGCUAAGCGCCUGCGAGACUCCGGGUAGGCCACACCACAGUACAUGAAUGCCCUACAGGCAAGAUGUUGCCUACCGACCAGGCGUCAUGAGACCUUGCAGAGGUGGAACUACUUGGCAUGUUCGUAGCGGCGAAUGACGGACGUACUUUCUAGAUGAUCCCCAAGCUCAUGACAUUACAUUUAUAGUUUUCUUAUUACUUCCAUGAUAAGCGAUCGCGUGAUAUUGUCGAGAGCACCAUGUUGCUGGGACUAUUAGUUCAGUUAAUUUUAUGUAUUUUUUUUAGUCUGUAGGUAUUUUAGCUGUAGUAAGAGUGUGGGACAUCUUACAGUGUGAUUUGUAAUUAUGUGAUAUAUAUAGACUAUUUUUUAAAACAAUUUGUGAUUUGAGUAUAUCUGAUUAACAUUGACAUUUUUGUAUACUUUCGUGCAGUAAGGGGGCCAAUAAAAUAAAAAUAUUGCUCAGAGUUUUAUGAAAA